UCACCGGCAACCCGCUGACCCGCCCGGACGCGACGCUCGUCUCCGCUCGCUCGGCCCGGCUCGGCUCGGCUCGGCUCGACGUUGUUCACGGCGCGAACGUCAGUCUCAUUCGCCGUGCAAGCGCGUCGCGUCGACUGCUGGCCGUGGCGGUGUUUUCCAAACAGUCGUGACAGUGCUCUCGGCGCCCGGCACACCGGCAGGGGCAUGCCGCGGCCCCGCGAGUCCAUCCCCGGGGGGUCCGUCUAGUGCAACAAGUGCAGCGAGUGGAACCAGCAGCGGAAGCAUCAGUGAACCGCGCGGGUCCGCGGACUGGGACUGUGCGACGUACGACGUGCCAGUUCACCGAGUGCGCCGCGCGGGUUGGCGUAGCACGGCGUAGCAGCGCCGCACCCAGCCUCAGGCAUGGACGCCGAUAAGAAGACCAAGGACCUCGAGAAGAUGGACAAGGACCCCGAGAAGAACCCCGCCGGCGGCAAGCCCCUUAAGUACCCGAAGGUCGUGUUCUUCAUCAUCGGCAAUGAGUUCUGCGAGCGCUUCUCCUACUAUGGCAUGCGAACCAUCCUGUCGCUGUUCCUCGUCAACGCGCUGCGGCUCUCCCAGGGCAACGCCACCAUCAUCUACCACGUGUUCGUCAUGCUGUGCUACUUCUUCCCGGUCAUCGGCGCCAUCAUCGCCGACAGCUGGCUGGGCAAGUUCGACACCAUCGCCUACCUGUCCGUCGUGUACGCCAUCGGCAACAUCUUGGUGUCCGUGGCGUCCGCCACCAACAUCGGCAUCCCGUCAGAGCCGAUGACGUACCUCGGGCUGCUGCUCAUCGCCAUCGGCACGGGCGGCAUCAAGCCGUGCGUCUCGGCGUUCGGCGGCGACCAGUUCACGCUGCCGCAGCAGGCGCGCCAACUCGCGUCCUUCUUCAGCAUCUUCUACUUCUCCAUCAACGCGGGGUCGCUGCUGUCCACGUACCUCACGCCCGAGCUGCGCACCGUCAAGUGCUUCGGCCAGCCCUGCUACCCGCUGGCCUUCGGGGUGCCCGCCCUGCUCAUGCUGCUCGCCCUGGUGAUCUUCGUGGUCGGGAAGCCGGGCUACAAGAUCGUGAAGCCCAGCGGGAACGUCCUCGUCGACGUCGCCGGCUGCAUGUGGAGCGGGCUCGCCAACAAGCUCAAGAGCGGCGAGAGCAAGGACCACUGGCUGGACCACGCCGACGACCGCUUCGGCGAGAAGCUGCGCGCCGACAUCAAGGCCAUGCUGAGGGUGCUGCUGCUGUUCGUGCCCCUGCCCAUCUUCUGGGCGCUCUACGACCAGCAGGGCAGUCGGUGGACGUUCCAGGCCAACAACAUGAACGGCCGCAUCGGCUCCUGGGUCAUCAAGCCCGACCAGAUGCAGGUGGUGAACCCCCUGCUGAUCCUGCUGUUCCUGCCGCUGUUCGAGGGGGUGGUGUACCCCGCCCUCAACAAGGCGCGCCUGCUCACCAGGCCGCUGCAGAAGAUGGCCACGGGGGGCGUCAUCGCGGCCAUCGCCUUCAUCAUGUCCGGCCUGCUCGAGCUGCAGCUGCAGACCAACUACCCCGUGGCCCUGUCCGAGGGGCUGGGCCAGGUGCGCGUCUUCAACUCGCUGGCCUGCAACGUGACCCUGGCCGACCCGACGGGCAGCGACCUCCCCGGCGGCGAGGAGUCCGUCGUGGCGCCGUUCGGCGUGUGGACCAGGACGGACCUCGCGGUGAGCGGCGGCCGCCAGCUGACCCUGGACGUGACGGGCACCUGCCUGGACGCGGGCGCCAAGCUCGUCCUGGACCUCGUGGAGGAGACGUCGGUGUCGUACAACCUCUACACGGCGGACCCCAGCUCGAAGAGCCUCCUCUCCCUCGCGGCGAUCGACAACUUGCAGAAAGACUCGAAUCCGCGAGUAAGGUUCCUGUACCACUUCACCGACGCCGUGGAGCACGUGGUGAACGUGACGAACAUCAACACGCUCAAGUCGACGACGACGACGCUGCAGGGCACCGGCAACCUGGCGCUCGCCGACCUGGACCCCGACGAGUACUCCAUCGCGCUGGACGGCAAGGAGGCGGUGUCCAAUCAGCUGCUGGACGUGGGCGGCAUCUACACCGUGCAGUUGAACAACGCGGACCUGAAGGUGCAGACGUUGGUGAAGCCGAACGUGGUCCACCUCAUGUGGCUGCUGCCCCAGUACAUCGUCAUCACCGUGGCGGAGGUCAUGUUCUCCGUGACCGGCCUCGAGUUCGCCUUCACGCAGGCGCCCGUCUCCAUGAAGUCCGUGCUCACCUCGGCCUGGCUGCUGACGGUGGCGUUCGGCAACCUCAUCGUCGUCCUCAUCACCGAGAUCCGCUUCUUCUCCAGCCAGGCGUACGAGUUCUUCCUGUUCGCCGCGCUCAUGCUGGUCGUCAUGGUGGUGUUCAUGUGGAUGGCGAUCAAGUACACGUACGUGGAGGACGUCAGGGACAGCGAGGACGACGAGCAGAACCAGAUGACCAUCCUGGACAACGACAAGCGGGAGAAAUCGUGAGGGCGCACCGAAGGUCCUUUGGGCACUGAAAACCGAGUCUGUCUUCUUUUAGUCGACCACAGCGAGCUCCAGCAGUGAGUGCGCCGCUGCUCCAAGGGCGAGGACGAAAGCCACUGUCCUGGGCUCUCCCUCCACAUCUCCCUCCAACGAGCCUGGGCCAAAGCCGAGGGCUAGGGCCAGAACCAUGGGUGGGGCCAAAGCAUCUCAGAAAGUUGCAGUUGCGAAGAAGCCCAGGGCUUUCUGGGCUAGGUAGCCUGUUUGUUUCACCAUUUUGAACUCCCUGAUUAUGUUGAUGACUAGCCCUCAAUGAGGAUGGAAGAAUGGAAAUGGCUUUUUUUAUGUAGCCACAAAACUGUGAUGAUUCUUUUUUAUGUAGUGGCCCUGUGCACUACGUGUACAGGGAAUCCACAUUCUAUAAGUCUAAGUUUUAAAGAGAAAGACGUUAGUGAUAGUAGUGCCAGAAAGGCUUUUGCUUUUUCUGCAAACGUAUUUAAUUCCAUUAUGACAAUGUGAUUGUGAUUUAUUCAGCAGUGUGUACCAAGAAACAGAUAAAAGUUCCUGUGAACCAAGCAAAAAAUGCUAUCCAUUCUCCAGAACUAAUGCUAAGAGAAUAUUAAGAUCUAGGAAUUGAUUUUUAUAAAAUGGCAGUAUAGCAAAACUUUACAUUUUAUUACCUUUUAAUGUGUCUUUCAUUGCAAAUGAAGCAACACAAAAUCUAUCAGAAUAGUCCAAAGUGUGCCAUUUCUUUUUAUGAAGUCUAAUAAUUGUUUGUCUUCAGGUCAUGUUGCACCACAGGUUACAUGUACAUAAUUUGCACUGAUAUUAAAACACUGCUGUAAAACAUGUAAAUAAAGUAUUUUAUUCAAAA